AUGACCCAUAGCCAGUCGGGAGAUCUACUACCAUUAGACCAGGAGAUUGAACGAACCUGCAGAAACUUCAAGCGGGCUCUAAAGGCGCGACUGGCUGCGGAGGAGGCGCUAGCACAGCUACAGAUCACUGAAGAAGAGGAGAUGGCUGAUCCACAGGACCAAGAUGUGGUCAAUCCCGAGGAGCAGACCAUGGGACAUUACUGGACCGCCUGGGCUGCAGACAUGAGGUCACCCAUUCAACACCCUCAUGUCCCAGCCAAUAAUUUUGAGUUGAGCACCUCAGUAAUCACCAUGCUGCGCGGUUCAGUGAUGUUCCGUGGCAAAGAGGGGGAGUGCCCCCGAUCACAUCUCAGGCGAUUCCACGAGCUCAUUGAUGGAAUCAAGAUCAAUGGGGUCCCCGCAGAUGCCAUCCAGUUGAGGUACUUCCCGUUCACCCUGGAGGGGCAGGCCAAGGAGUGGCUAGACACUCGACCUCCGGGCUCCAUCACCACGUUCGCCAACCUGGCGGACAAGUUUCUCACCCGCUACCACCCUCCAUCCAAGACAGCGGACCUGCAGAAGCAAAUUACCCAUUUUGCUCAGGAUGAGGAUGAGACCAUCAGGGAUGCUUGGGAGAGAUACACCAGUCUCUUCCUCAAGUGUCCCAACCAUGGUUUUACUGAUGCUUUCAAGGUGGGAACCUUCUAUCAUGCUCUCUUCCCGGAGGACAAGCAGCUGAUUGACUCGGUCUGUGGCGGGAAUAUGCUCACAAAAACGCCGCCACAGCUGAAUCAACUUUUUGAAGAGAUGGCAGAGCAGGGAUAUGAUUGGGGCACUUCCAGGAGAUCGAGAAGAGCACCAGGGCGGGGUGUGCAUGCUGUUGCCACCCAGUCAUCUGAUUUGGUGCAGGUGGUAUCAAAGCUGGUUUCAGCUAUAGAUCGCUCUGGAUUGAUUACAGGUACAGGACAGCCGCAGGCGAUGCACUGCCAGUGGUGUGAGAGCUCCCAUCACACCGUGGAGGACUGUCAGGCGAUGAGGGAGUCAUCUACUCCCCAGGAGCAGGUGGACUUCAUCAGCAAUGCCAGGCGCUUCGACCCCUACAGCAACACUUACAACGAGGGGUGGCGCCAGCAUCCCAACUUCAGCUGGGGUGGGGCAAAUUCCAAACCACCAGUCCCCCAGGGACCACCUGGCUUCCAGAGGCCUCCUUACCAGCCCAGACAAGGGCAAUUUCAGCAGCCACAACAGCCACUCUACCCGCCCAGACAGGGGCCAGUUCCACCUCAGUCACAGGUGCGACCAUUUCAGCAGACAGGGGCAGCACUUGCAGCCCCAGCUCAGAGUGACCCGAUAACGGAACUGCGAGAUCUGGUGGGUUCUCUGGCCACCUCCAGUGCAAACAAGUUCAACAACAUCGAGCAGUUCAUGGAGAAAGCUUCAGGAAAAUUCAUGGAGCUAGAAGCUGGUCAGAGAAACACGCAGGCUGUUCUUAGGGAUAUCCAGACCCAGCUUGGGAGUGUUGCCCAGGCUGUAGCUAAGAGGCCUCCUGGUACUCUACCCGGUCAGACCAUCCCUCACCCGUAG